UUGCGUAUGCUUAGCAGAGACUGGGAAGUGAAGGUCGUUCAUGUUUACAGAGAAGCUAAUUUCGCUCAGAGUUGGCUUGCUGCGUAUGCUCGUUCUCGUGCUGUUGGUUAUCAUCUCAUUUCUGAUUCCCUUGCAGAGACUCAAGUGCAUCAGCUUCGGUGGCGUCCCGCUCCUACGGAGAUCGCUCCGAAGAACUACGCGGCGGUUGUGGCUUAUCCCCACCCCGACCGGCAGCUGCUGGGUCUCCCCAUCUCUCCUAAACUUCCCCCGGUCUCCAAUUUGGCCACCCGAUUUUCAAUGACUACUUAA